UAAAAAAAAACAAAAAAAAAACUUAAAAUAUCAGACUACUUUCAAUGACCUCAGUCUAGGCCUUUAUCCAUCCCUUACUGUCCCUAAAGGUGGUGGUGAUGACGCUGAUGGCGAUGGUGAUGAUGGUGAUCUGAGGAGGAGGAGGAGGAGGAGGAGGAGGAAGGAUAUCACCAGUUAAUAACCUCAGCCUCCUCUGAGUCUGUCAGCAUCAUGAUCUCAGAAUGUACCGGGACACCCUCACGAGCGGAGCCGCGUCGUGAUGACUGUCCGCGGGCACAGCUGCAGCCCGGUGGUGACGCUUGACAUUUCCUCCAUCCAGUAGUAGUUUGAUUUCGGUGCGGAGCUGGAAGACCUUGGCACUAAAACACAUCCCCACUCAGGAGGAGGCUGCCUCUGUGGCGCGUAUACUUUUGCUCCACGACACUCUGCUUUCCUCCGAGGCUUCUCCGUCCUUCUUUCCUUCUGGGGAUUUGGAAACUUGAGCGACUUCAGGCAAAAGAACAAAGGACGGAUAGUGUCGGUGCGGUGAAUGUAGCUGGGCGGCAGGCUGGGUGUCUGUCUGCGGGGCGCACAGCGGUGCUGCUGGACCACAACGCACCACCAAGACCCACAUCCACGGUUUACCCCCCAGAGUCCAGAACCACGGCAAACAUGCUGCUCCUCGGGAUUGUGCUCACACUUUUCUUCUCAGGUGUGUUGCCAUCCUCAGCACCCAUCUUCCCCUUCCCUCCCUCUCCCACCGACUGUGUUGAAGCUCAUCGAGUGUGUUCCGACGACCUCCGGUGCGAGGCGUUGUACCGGGGCUUGGAGCUGUGUGCGGCCGACGCGGCGGUGUCCCCGCUGGGGGAGCAGGUGGCCGCCGAGUGCCUGGAGAGACAAGACGCUCUGCUGGCUAAACACCCCGCUCUCUUGGCUUGCAAGUGCCAGCGCGGCUUCCGCAAGGAGGAGCAGUGCCUGCGCAUAUACUGGAGGGUUCGUCUGCUGCCAGGGGAGGAUGAGCUGGAAAUAUCUCCCUAUGACGACACACGAAUGGAUACUCGCAUGGCCUCCUUAGUGGCAGCCUCAUCUUUCAUGCAACUGGAUGGUGAGAACCAGUGCCUGAAGGCAGCACAGGACUGCGGCCUGUACGAGAAGUGUGGCUCUCUGCGAUCAGAGUAUGUCCUGGCCUGCACCAAACGGAUGCCCGGGACCAGCCGAUGCAACCAGCACAAGUGCCACCGGGCCCUGCGGCGCUUCCUGGAGAGGGUCCCUGAGGAGUACAGCUUGGGUGUCCUGUUCUGCCCCUGCACCAACACUCUGUGCGGUGAGAGGAGGAGGAAAACCAUCGUACCCUCCUGCUCCUACCAGGAGAUGGAGGGUCUGCAACCUAACUGCCUCCACCAGCAGAGCUUCUGCCGCCGAGAUGACCUCUGCAGGUCCAGACUGGCUGACUUCCUUAAUAACUGCCAGCCUUCUCCUCUGACGGCCAGCGGCUGUCUGAAAGACUCAGCAGGCCUGUGCCUCCGAGCCUACGCUGGACUCAUCGGCACCAUCAUGACGCCCAACUACAUCAGUAACGGCUCUGCAGACGUGUCGCUGUGGUGUAACUGUGAAGGCAGUGGCAACCAGUGGCAGGACUGUCUGAGACUGCAGCGCAUGUUCACCCACAACACCUGCCUGCGUAACUCUAUCAGUUGGAUGGGGAGCUCCGGCUCCCUGCCUGCAGACAUCACCCCCCCUCCUGCUCCCAGACCCUCCCCGCUGGUUCAGGAGGAUGAGCUGCUGAGCAACAACCACCUGCCUGAACACAACAACAUCGUGGUGGAGACUGAGGUAGAGGAAGAACAGACAGAGGAAGAGGUUGAUGAAGGUGGCCAGUUUGACGUCAUCCCGCCGCUGUACUCGGAGAAGGCCACCGUGUCCAACCUGGGCUCCCCUGGGACAGGUGGGGCUGUAUCUCUCACCACUGGCCCUCCUAAAGCCAUACUACUGCUCCUUCUGCUUCUAUCUGCCUCCCUCAGCUGGGGGUAGAACACAGGAUAUAGAGAAGAAACACAUACACAUGCACACACACAUACACACUCACAUAUGAUGGACCUGCCAACAAUCCUGGACUGAUCGCUGUAAAAUGAUAGGAAACAUAAUGAAGAAAUGGACUUCACGUCGUCAGUAGCAUCCUCUUGAUUCCUCACUUCUGUCCUUGCUUCCUUCCUUUCCUCCUUUUGAAAAUGGCACUUUGUUCAAUGUGGUCUGACUGCAGCUGCGGUGGUGUAUUAAUGUCCUGGGAGCACAAAUGACCUGUAGUCAUGAUAGGUGUUAACAUGCUGCCCUCAACCAAUGAGCAUAAUGUAGCUGUUCCUGUCAUAUAGGGGAACAAAUUAUUGCACACGUUAGGAUGCAAAAAAGGUUACGGCAUUUUGGGCUGAUAGCACACAAACACAGCUACUAUGAUGUUCUUUCAAUGUUUUAUUUCAAUUUCAAUUUUAUUCUAUUUGUUCAUCAAUUGAGCUCGACCGAUUUCAGCUGAGGGGCUCAGUUAAAAUAAUGGACAUGCCCAAACUUCAUGCUAGCAACAUAAUUGAACUGCUAGUAACGUGCUCCAAACUUUGCCAUUUGGCUUACUGAAAUGUUACAACAUAGAAAACGAAAGUCUGAAAAGGUUGGUUCACAUUAUGUUCAAGCCCUCCAGGAAGACCAAACUUCGAAAUUCCAAAUUGAAGCAAAUUUCACAUAGAGGCCAAACGGUGGAAUUACAACUUCCAUGUCAUGUGAUGCCCCAAAAUAGUUUUUUUUUUUUCCCCAUACACCUAUAUUGGGAAAGAGACAUCCAGACCCAUUUUUUUUU